GCGAGCGGUGUGACUGAGGACGCAGCUGUAGGCUUCCGUUGCUCGAUUUCAGUAGUGAAUCGGCAGCGUCACGAUAUUAUCGUACCGGGCCAUUCAGUGUAAACCUUACCAUUCGUAACACAAACGAUAAACCCGAAGUAUGACCGUAAAAAGUUACAUUAAUGUGUUAUUGUGUUCAGUGAAUUUCUGACAUAUUUGUUUCGUUUUGUUAUUCUAUUGUGCUAUUUGUUUUGCUUUUUUGGAUGCCCUUUAAACGGUAGUUGAUAUCAAAAUCAGCCGCUAACAAUGGAGGAUGACAGUGAAGUUGUGAUGUUCAACGGGACAAACGAAUCGACAACUUCGUCAUUUCACGAGCCAGACUCUUUGAACUUAAUUGUACCGCUAACAGUAAUAUACGCGAUUAUUUUCGUGGCCGGUAUCCUCGGGAACUUGAGCACAUGUUUUGUGAUCGCACGGAAUCGAUCGAUGCACACCGCUACGAACUUCUAUUUGUUUAGCUUAGCUGUAUCCGACUUGAUCCUACUAGUUUGUGGACUACCAAUAGAAUCGUACCGACUCUGGAAUCCCUUCAUAUAUCCACUAGGCGAGGUAUUCUGUAUAACGUUAGGCCUCGCUUCGGAAACAUCUGCGAAUGCAACUGUAUUGACAAUAACAGCAUUCACAGUCGAGAGAUACAUUGCUAUUUGCCGACCUUUCAUGUCGCAUACGAUGUCCAAAUUAUCAAGAGCCGUCCGAUUUAUCAUUGCGAUAUGGAUAUGCGCAUUAUGUACCGCUGUACCGCAGGCCAUGCAGUUUGGUAUCGUUACAUAUGUGGAAAACGGUCAGAAUAUGAGUGCCUGUACUGUGAAAGGGCAAGGUGUUCAUGAAGUGUUCGUUAUAUCUAGUUUCGUUUUCUUCGUGGCGCCGAUGUCGGUGAUAACAGUGCUGUACGUGUUCAUUGGUGUCAAGCUGAGAACGUCUCGUGUUCUGCAUCCUACAAAGAAGUUGAGCGCUAACGGCAGUGACAAGUUUUGUGCCAACAUUAGAUAUCGACAUGGCACAUCGCAAAGAAGAGUUAUACGGAUGUUAGUUGCCGUGGCUUUAUCUUUCUUCAUAUGUUGGGCUCCGUUCCACGUACAACGACUGCUUGCGAUAUACGGCAAAAGCAUGGAUCACCCGAGUGAUACAUUUUUCUUGGUGUAUCUUGUCCUUACCUAUCUCUCGGGAGUACUGUACUUUUUAUCAACAGCGAUUAACCCCAUUCUCUACAACAUUAUGUCGAACAAAUUCAGGAACGCAUUUAAGAUGACGUUAGCAUCAUGGUGCGGGCGUAGGAACAGGCCGAUGGGUCGCAUGUACAGCGCCCUACUUGCCUCGCAGCGUCAGCGCGCGCUCGCCGGCGCGGCGGACCGUGCCAGUAGCAGACGACACCUGCGUCGGCACUCCACCGCCAUCACACAGAUCUGUGACGCGCCGCAGAGAGUGCAGUGUUACACGGGGCCCGGCCGGGAGCUAGCUGUGGUAAACGAGAGCCCGAGCGGUAACGGACAUUGCAGGCACUGGCGACUCCGCCUCGGCCUCGACGAGCCCUCCGACUCAAUCGGAUCGCCGCGUAGCAUAUCCAAUUCCAGCUUACGCGAAGUCGACGACGAAUUAACCGGGGAGGAACUGGCAACCUAUAUGUACCAAGUGAAUUGUCACAUAGGUGGACUUACCUGAGUAACGACUGUGUAAACAAUGGUACGAGACUCACUCGAUCGAAGGUAGUUCGAACGAGUUCGUGGUGAGAACAAUUAGUAGUUGCUAGAUGGUGUAAGAUACUUUACAAAUGUUGACGUUAAACGUUUAGUGAAUAAAAAAGUAGAUGAUUUCUCGAAGACCUAAAAUGAGUUGUUAAUUGUUAUAUUUAUACAGACUUCAAAAUAAUUUUUCAUGUGAAGUUUGUCGACUGAGAUGGAUACGAUAACUAUCUUUAGAAAAUUACCUGGACUUUUUGUUGUUAUCUAAGCUUUGUAAUUGAGCUUUUGGGUAUAACAUAAUGACUUAACUUAUUUUGGUGUUUUAUUGGAACAUGCUGCUGCAAACAUUUAUCUUAUAUUUUUAACUUUGACUUUAUUUUGCAUUAGACUUUCUUCAUGAUUAUGUGAAAGUCUUUAUGUAUUGUAAAUAUGUACAUAAUACAUAAUGUAUUUUUACAAUAAGUAUCCCGUAUAACGAAGUUAAUUUAAAUUUGUUAAGUUUAAAUGAAAUGUAUUUUAACUAGAUUAUAAUAUUGAUAAAAUCUCAAGUGUUAAAUAAUACAGAUUUAUUAUGUACGUUAUGUCGAAUAACAUUUUCGACUUUAAGCAUAAUAAUUAGAUUUCCGAAGUGCUCAUAUUAUUUUUAAGAAUGAAUAUAAUAUGAUUAUUAACUGAAUAUAUUAA